UGGACGGUUCAACCGGGUGAGGUCAGAAGCUGCUCUCUCGCCCUUCUUUCGUAGGACCCUAGGAAACACCUCGGAACCUGGAACCUCCCCCUGGGUUAGGCAUACAUAUUGCUCUCCAGCUCUGGCCUCAUCUGUUCUGGGGAGGUGGGAUCGAAACAUGUGCAGUAAUGUCAUCCCAAAAGAGAGUUAAGAACUCUCAGUCACAAGGCAAGCCUUCACAAAGUAGUAAUAGUUAUCAGACUAAUCUCUCGGCCUGGAAAGUAAAAGAGGACCUAAGCGACUCAAAGAGCAUCUCGAAACAUGGACAAAACAAUCCAGUGGAAGAUUAUGAACAUGCUGAUGAUAAAGCAGAAGAUGCUCUGCAAAUAGCAGUAAGAUAUUUCGAGAAAGGUCCCACUAAAACUUCACGGAGUAAAGAUAAAACCCUGGAAAAACACUUGAAAACUGUGGAAAAUGUGGCUUGGAAGAAUGGGUUAGCUCCAGAAGGAAUUGACGUUCUAUUAAAUGUGGCACUCAGUGGCAAAUUUGGGAGUGCUGUAAGCACUCAGAUAUUGAAGUGCAUGAUUCCAGCAACUCUAAUAUCAGAAGAUUCUGUGGUUAAGGCGGUCUCCUGGCUUUGUGUUGGCAGAUGUUCUGGUAACACCAAGGUACUUUUUUAUCGUUGGCUGGUUGCAAUGUUUGACUUCAUCGAUCACAAGGAGCAAAUUAACUUGCUGUAUGGCUUCUUUUUUGCUUCAUUGCAGGAUGAUGCACUGUGCCCUUAUGUCUGCCAUUUGUUAUAUUUACUUACCAAAAAAGAGAAUGUCAAACCAUUUCGUGUGAGAAAACUGCUUGAUCUUCAGGCCAAAAUGGGAAUGCAGCCUCAUCUCCAGGCUUUGUUGUCACUAUAUAAGUUCUUUGCUCCUGCUUUGAUUUCUGUGUCUUUGCCUGUAAGGAGGAAGAUCUAUUUCAAAAAUUCAGAGAAUCUGUGGAAGACAGCUCUACUUGCUGUGAGGCAAAGGAAUCAGAGACCGUCUCCAGAACCUUUAAAGCUGAUGUUAGGUCCAGCUAAUGCCCGUCCUGUAAAAAGAAAAUGGAAUUCUCACUCAGUUAUACCAGUGCUAAAUUCUAGUAGCUGCAGUAAAGAAUGUGGAAAAAAAGGGAUGAGUCUCUCUGAUUAUCUCAGUAGCAAUGGAUCAUUUCCACUAGAACAGCUUAAAAGCUUCCCUCAACUGUUACAGAACAUCCAUUGCUUAGAGCUGCCUUCUCAGAUGGGUGCCGUGCUGAACAACUCUCUGCUACUUCACUAUAUUAACUGUGUCAAAGAUGAGUCCGUCUUACUGAGGCUCUAUCACUGGUUGAGUCAAACACUACAAGAAGAAUGUAUUUGGUACAAGGUGGAUAAUUAUGAACAUGGAAAAGAAUUUACCAACUUCCUGGACACUAUCAUCAGAGCAGAAUGCUUCUUACAAGAGGGGUUUUAUUCCUGUGAAGCAUUCAUGUAUAAGAGUCUUCCUCUCUGGGAUGGCCUCUGUUGUCGGUCACAGUUCCUUCAACUUGUGAGCUGGAUUCCUUUUAGUAGCUUCUCUGAGGUGAAACCACUUCUUUUUGACCAUCUAGCACAGCUCUUCUUUACAUCAACCAUUUAUUUCAAGUGUAGUGUUCUUCAGAGUCUGAAAGAGCUACUGCAGAACUGGCUGUUGUGUCUUUCUGUGGACAUCCACGUGAAACCUGUGAUGAACAGUCCUCUAGAGACAACUUUAGGUGGCUCCAUGAACUCCGUGUCUGAACUGAUCCGCUAUGUAGGGUGGCUGUCCACUACUGCAAUGCGCUUAGAAAGCAACAGCACUUUCUUGCUGCACUUCAUUUUGGAUUUCUAUGAGAAGGUGUGUGACGUAUAUAUAAGUUAUAACCUUCCAUUAGUGGUGUUGUUUCCUCCUGGGAUCUUCUAUUCUGCACUCCUCAGCCUGGAUUCCAGUAUCCUGAACCAGCUCUGUUACAUUAUGCACAGGUAUCGUACAAAUUUGACUGCUGCAAAGAAAAAUGAGUUGGUACAAAAGACAAAGUCAGAGUUCAAUUUCAGCAACAAGACCUAUCAAGAAUUUAAUCACUAUUUGACAGCCAUGGUUGGUUGUCUGUGGACAUCCAAACCCUUCCAGAAAGGAUUAUAUAUUGACCCCGAAGUCUUAGAAAAAGCUGGAGUAGCACAAUACAAAAGCAGUUUAAAUUUAGUCUAUCACCCUGCUCUAUUGAGUUAUGCUGCUUCCUUUCUGCUGCAGGAAUGGCCAGAAGAAAGGACAGUAAACCUGAGCUCUAUUCGGGGAAAGAAAUGGAACUGGUAUUUGGACUAUUUAUUUUCAGAGGGGUUGCAAGGCCUGAAGCUUUUCAUAAGAAGUAGUAUUCAUCGUUCUUCUGUCCCCUGAUCAGAGAGCAUAAACCACAUGAUCAACAUUUCAUGAAGCAUCCGGGACUAAAUUCCUUCCUUGUUGCUAGAAAGGCCAACUUGAGUUUCCAUAUUCUUUUCACCAGCAGACUGGCAUCUUCAGAGAGUGCUUGGACUGACCUUAUGUCCGUGGCUCAGGAGAGCCUUGGUGUGGCUAACUGUUUUUCAGGAUCUAGAUUCUUUAACCCAUUAGUAACUUUAUCAUCAGGCUCUGCCUUCCACCAAAUUACAUGUAAAGAGAAACAUCCGUGGGAUUUUUCAUGGUCUUGUGAACUGUGAGCUGCAUUGUUGGAAGAGAGCAGGUAAUAUACAGUGGUAGUUAAGCCAUAGACAUGCUUGUGCAAAAUGCCCUGUUGCCUCUACGAAACCUCCAUGGAUAUUGCCAUUUUUCUUAUUGUGAACAACAGCACCUGCACCAAGUUAACAUGAGGCAACAUUGCUAACUCUAAAAGCUGGCUCUAAGUAGUUGAUAGCUUCUUGGGCCUUCAUUGGUAGCAAUUUGAUGAGAAAAGGAAGGGGAGAGGAUUGUGGGAUAAUCAAGACGUUCUUGUUUAUAUCAGUUUGAUUUCAUGAAACUGCUCUAUUUGGUGUGUGUGUGUGUGUUUAUGUGUAUAUAUCCAUUUUCAAGCGUUCAGGCCUAAGUAAACUAACUGCAACUUUAUUUUCAGGGAUAAUUCUGAAGCUUUUUAAAGUUUUAAUAAUAGCUAGAAUGUCUUGCUGAAAAUUUACUAUAAAAUUUUGCUUCAGUGCUACUGAAUAACUCUCCCUCCCUUUUA